AUGCCUCCUCGCCUCCAAUUGGCACCGCAUCUGCGGGCGGCCCUCGGCUCGACCGCCGCGAGGCCCGCGGCGGCGACGCCGUCCAUGGCCGCCCUCUUCUCCCGACUCUCUGCAAAACGCGACGGGCUGCACUCCGGCGAUGACGGCGAUGACGGCGACGACGACGACGAAGAUGAUGGCGAUGCCGUUGAUGGCUGGUUCGAGACGGGGCGCGCACAUUCUCGCGACGUUGAGGAACAAUGUCGGGGUCAGAAGGGACGGAAGGCGAGGGCGCAGGUGAAUGCGUGGUUCCAGGGUGGUCAGACGCCUUUAAUCCGGAUCAAGGGUAAGAAGGGUUUCGACAAUCUUAACGCGCAACGACUCUCGGUCACGAACCUCGACCAAAUCCAGGAGUGGAUCGACAACGGCCGCCUCGACGUGACGAAGCAAAUCACGCCCAAGGAGCUCAUCGAAUGCGGGAUCCUGGGCUCGGUCAAGGACGGCGUGAAGCUGCUGGGCCGGGGCAAGGAGACGUUUUCGCACCCGAUCAACAUCAUGGUGUCGCGGGCGUCGGCGGACGCCAUCGCGGCGGUGGAGCAGGCGGGCGGGCGGGUGGUGACGCGGUACUACACGCGCCUGGCCAUCCGGCGGCUGCUCAACGGCACGAGCGUCAACACGGAGACGCCGCUGCCGCAGGGCAAGGAGCACGUGGAGGGCGUGCUGGAGGCGGCGAGGCAAGGGCCCUAUAAGUAUAGGCUCCCGGAUCCGACGGGCCGCGAGGACAUGGAGUACUAUCGGGACCCGGCGCAUAGGGGGUACUUGAGCCACUUGCUGCGGCCGGGCGAGAACCCGAGCUUGUUCUUUGGCGUGCCGACGGAGAAGAAGGCGAAGCGCAAGGUGCGGCAGAGGAAGAAGGUGGCUGAGGAGGAGAGGAUCUUUUAA